AGUGUCUAACUUCACACAGGUUCAGACACCUGAGAUGGCGAACGAGAACUGCGGUAAUAAACCAAACACAUUCGGUUCAGACUAGUAGAGAGGCUGCGUACUGUUGUGUCAAAAUAACAGCACAUUGCAGAAUCGGAAAAACCGACCAUUUAUUUCACGGUUAAACCCCCCUGAAGAUCUUCAUAACCCCGUGUGUGAUUACAAAGGGGGCCGACGAGGUUCAAUUCCAAGCUGCUUUAGUUGAGUCUUCAGACUCAAUUUGUUUUAUGUGUCUUGAGUGAAAAUAAGGAAAACAUGACGGAGGUAAGGAAGAGAGGAGGAAAAGGAGGAGAUCCCGACAGCGUUAGUGACAAGGAGGCAGAUGGAGAGGACAGACUGGGUCUGCCCGGUGAGGCCGGAGGAGACGGCGAAUAUAAAGCAGACACCCCAUCCGUUCCUCCCUCCACAGCAGACAACACUCCACAGUUCCUCAAAGAGGCCGUGGAAGGCCUCAACCCCAGGUGGAAGAACUGCUGUAUACGAGGGGUUCUAUCCAUGGCCAUGAUAUCAGGAUUCUUCAUGAUGAUCUACCUGGGACCUAUCAUGCUCAUAGUAGUGGUGAUGACCAUCCAGAUCAAGUGUUUUCAGGAGAUCAUAGAUAUCGGCUACAGAGUCUACCAUUCCUACGAGCUGCCCUGGUUCAGGACACUCAGCUGGUACUUCCUGGUUUGUGUGAACUACUUCUUCUAUGGUGAGACAUUGGCGGAGUACUUUGGUGCGUUGGUGCAGAGAGAAGAACCGCUCCAGUUCCUGGUCCGAUACCAUAGAUUCAUCUCCUUCGCUGUCUACCUGGCAGGUUUCUGCAUGUUUGUUCUGAGUCUAGUGAAGAAACAUUACCGCCUGCAGUUUUAUAUGUUUGCGUGGACCCAUGUUACCCUACUGAUAGUGGUGACUCAGUCUCACUUGGUCAUCCAGAACCUGUUUGAAGGAAUGAUCUGGUUCCUCGUCCCUGUCUCCAUAGUGAUCUGCAAUGACAUCAUGGCCUACCUGUUUGGUUUCUUCUUUGGCAGAACACCACUCAUUAAGCUGUCUCCCAAGAAGACGUGGGAGGGAUUCAUAGGAGGGUUCUUUGGAACCCUGGUCUUUGGAUUCAUACUGGCAUACCUGCUAGCUCAGUUCCAGUACUUUGUCUGUCCCGUGGAAUACAACAGUGAGACCAACCGUUUCACUGCGGAGUGUGAACCCUCGGACAUUUUCGUGAUGCACGAGUACACAUUGCCCUUCACUGUCCAGAGCAUCCUCAGAUGGAAAACGGUGACCAUCUAUCCGUACCAGAUCCACAGCGUGGCGCUCUCCACCUUCGGCUCUCUCAUUGGUCCUUUUGGAGGAUUCUUCGCCAGCGGAUUCAAACGAGCGUUCAAGAUUAAAGACUUUGCAGACACCAUCCCUGGUCACGGAGGCAUCAUGGAUCGCUUCGACUGUCAGUAUCUGAUGGCUACCUUCACUCACGUUUACAUAGCCAGCUUCAUCAGGGGUCCCAACCCCAGCAAGGUGUUACAGCAGCUGUUGGUCCUGCAGCCAGAGCAGCAGCUCAGUAUCUUCAACGCCAUGAGAGACCGCCUGAGAGACAGGGGAAUACUGCCCCCUGCUGCCACGGAGGCGAUGUAGAACACACAUGCAAGAGGGGGAGAGUUUGGCUGUGUGUGUGUGUGUGUGUGUGUGUGUGUGAGAGAGAGAAGAAGAGUUUGGCUGUGUGUGUGUGUCUGAGAGAUUGUCUUUGGCUGCUUGUGUGUGGCCUGCACCUUCUUCCAGACACUCAUCCCUCAUCUGCCCAGCGUGUGUUUUUUAAUUUUCAUGUUUCUAACCAGUCAUUACUGUGAACUAAGAUGUUGCUCCCAGCAUCAAGGAGUUACCAAUAACAACAGCAGCAACAACAACACGUUCAGACUGUCAUAGCUACCACUGGGACCUGCAUGAGUACCUAACUACACAAACAAACUGCGUCAACCGACCGUUAUGCUACCAAGCUAGCAGCAACAACAACACGUUCAGACUGUCAUAGCUACCACUGGGACCUGCAUGAGUACCUAACUACACAAACAAACUGCGUCAACCGACCGUUAUGCUACCAAGCUAGCAGCAGCAUCAACCGACCGUUAUGCUACCAAGCUAGCUAGCAGCAGCAUCAACCGACCGUUAUGCUACCAAGCUAGCUAGCAGCAGCAUCAACCGACCGUUAUGCUACCAAGCUAGCAGCAGCGUCAACCGACCGUUAUGCUACCAAGCUAGCUAGCAGCAGCAUCAACCGACCGUUAUGCUACCAAGCUAGCUAGCAGCAUCAACAACCGACCGUUAUGCUACCAAGCUAGCUAGCAGCAGCAUCAACCGACCGUUAUGCUACCAAGCUAGCAGCAGCAUCAACCGACCGUUAUGCUACCAAGCUAGCAGCAUCAGCAACCGACCGUUAUGCUACCAAGCUAGCAGCAUCAACAACCGACCGUUAUGCUACCAAGCUAGCAGCAUCAACAACCGACCGUUAUGCUAGCGAGCUAAAGACUAAAGGCUGCGUUGCUCUGAACAGAAUGUCUUCCUAAACUAAAUGGAUCCUAACUAAGCACACAGAUAGGGGACAGUGGGUGACUGACUUGACGGUUUCUCUGUGGAUGUACGGAGAACAUUGCACUGAUUUGUAGCUGACUUGAAGGAAGAAACGCGAUAAAGCUUUUACAGUACAAGGCUAUCGGCGUAUCCUGGGUUAGUGUCUUGGUGUUGGAAGUGGUUUUAAAGCAACAGUGGGCUUGUUGUAUUCACUAGACACCAAACGGAGGGGGAAACGGACUGAGAACAGGGACCUGACCUGAAUUUGUCCAACAAGAAAAGCCUGUUUUUAACUUUCUGUUGUCCUAGUGCUACAGUGUGAAAUUUCGACCCAGAGGACAAAAAAAAAAUGUGUUUUUGUAUGUCAGCUGCUCCAACAUGUUUUCAAGAUACUAAAUACACUUGACUUAGGCUUUGGCCGUUUAGUAUGAUCUGUCUAUCUGCGAUAAUGGUGUUCACUAAACUUAAUAUAGAACUUCUUCAUUUUUUUAAAUGAUAAAAAUUGAAAACAUGAAGCAUGUUUCUAAGUUAUAUCGUUCAUUACUGCUGAAAACAUUGUUUUCCCCCCCUCUAUGAACUUGUUUUAGGUUCUAGAUAUACCUAUUGUAGGUAUUGGCAAUUAACCUCAACCUUGAGAUAGAUUAAGCUUGUGUGUAACCUUGGACGUAAACAAACAAACGCAGUAACUAUAGCAACCAGCACACUGUUCUUAUUUCCAAUGUAUUACUGUACAUAGAAUAUAACAUAUAUAUUUAGCUGAACAAAGACCUAAUAUAAAAUCUGUGACUUGUCAAAAUAUACUAAUAUGGUAGCCCUAUUAUAAACACAACAAUUACAUGGGAUGUAAAUAAUAAUUUGAUAAUAUACCUAUAUAUACAUACAUUGAGUGUACAAAACAUUAAGAACACCUUCACUAAUAUUGAGUUGGGCACCCCCUUUUGCCCUCAGAACAGCCUCAAUUCGUCAGGGCAGGGACUCCACAAGGUGUUGAAAGCGUUCCACAGCGAUGCUGGCCCCGAUGCUUCUCACAGUUGUGUCAAGUUGGCUUGUGGUCCUUUGGGUGGUGGACCGUAAACACAGGAAACUGUUGAGCGUGUGAGAACCAGCAGCGUUGCAGCUCUUGACACAAACCGGCGCGCCUGGCACCUACUACCACACCUCGUUCAAAGACACUUUGUAUGUGUGCCCCCCCACCUGGAUUCACCAGGUAAGUCUAUGUCAUGGAAAGAGCAGGUGUUCUUAGUGUUUUGUAUACUCGGUGUAUAUACACAUAAGUUGAACUGGUGUCUGCUGCUGUGGGGAACGUGUGGGGUAACUUAAAACAUUUACUUGAGAUUGUGAGGAAAUAAUUUUGUGCUUCCUUUUCCUGUCUCGCCUGUUUAACCAAUGAGUUUAGUUCCACUGUAUUUGUCAUCCGGUGUCCAUUCCAACUCACUUGAGCUGAGCCACUCCCCGACGGUUCCAAUAUUCUACUUCUUACUAGACUCAAUGUUUUGUCAAACUGUGUAAAGAAGAACAAUAUUUUUUUAGAAGUCUACUUAUUUGUUUGAAUUGCUCUUAAAAAUGAUUUAAUUAUAAGGUAAUAUGCAAGUGGUAACAUAUGAUGUUAGGAUUAAGGACUAAGUACAGUAGGGGUGUGUGUGUGUGUAUAUAUAAUACAUAUAAAAAUAUAUUAUAUUCAGAAGAAUAGUUGUAUCUUUCAGCAAUAUUUUAUCUUUAAUAUGCAAGGGUUGAAUCUAUGAAAAUAAUAUGGAUGGGAUUUCUGUGUUGGGCUGGUAUUCAAUCAAACACACAGUACAGGAAAAACUGCACUGUGGAAAGAAAAGAAAAAAAACAUUACUACUGUGCAGAACUUGAAAAACUAUUUUAAGUCAUGUGAUUCAUAGACCAUGUUUACUGGGUGAAGAAAGAAUCAGAAAAUAAAACUCACUUUGAUUGGAAUGAGUUCAUGAAAGACUGCUGUUUUUGUUUUUUUAUAUUGGAAAACUUUUUCCAGCUGUUUUUUUCUUUUCUUCCUCGUCUGGUCUUUGAUUGAAUCGGACCCAUCUGUUCUGAUUAACAGAGAGAGAUCCUUCCUGAAACGUUUACCAAAAGCACGGUCCACAUUUUAGAACCACGGUCUUAACUCCCCUAAUGAAUGAUACAGUAGUAACUCCUAGCCUGGAUAAACCAGACUGAAAGCUGGUGAACGCAGCGUUCCAAUCUGGGUUCACCGGGCUAAGCAACUACCACGGUCAUUCCCAAACAGACGGAGCCCUCCUUCACCCUCCCUUGGCCCAUGUUCGACCCCUAUAGCUGAUCUGAAAGGACCUUGUGUGGGCACGAGAGUUUUUUUUACAUUUCGUUUGGGAUAAGGCCUAAGUGCUGUAGGAUCCUAGCCUGGUUCCAGAUGUUGUCAUCUCAUCUGAUCAUUAUCACAAGACAUUAAAAAUGGUCAUAGGAGUUGCAGGAAAUCCCUGUUUUUUAUGAACUGUGUACAGUAAUGCCCGUCUUGUCACGUUGUCCUGUUCUCAGUACGUGUCCGUUUAUUGUUGGGUCCUACUGGAAAACCAAAAGGAAAUUAGCCUGGUUCCAGAUCUGAUUUUCGCUGUCCUAGUGCAAACUCCUAUGGCAUGUCGUUGUUACGCCGCUGUAGGAGUUCGCAGGACAACACAAACAGAAAUGGGACCAGGCUGAAAGGAAAUGGAACAUCUUCUGUGUUGAUUUGAUUCUCCAGGUUUUAAAAAAAUGUAAAUUAAUUUCCUCCAGAAGUACAUUUUAUUUUGUGCUUCUUGAAAUGAAUAACCGUGUGGAGUUGGGACCAAUUCUCUACUGUAUAAUUGUCGCUUUUAAAGCCUUCCCCAUGGCGUGAUGGCUCCUCUAUUGGUUCCUCCUUGGGAUAGCUUUACAGAUGUCUCUUUGUGGAAACUAAACUGUCCUCUCGCUUAUUAAAACACGACUUGUGGAUUAUACUCUCUUAGAAAUAAAACGUUUUUUUUUCCCGUUUUUCCCAAUAGGAGAACCCUUUUUUGUGUUCCAAGUAGAAGAACCCUUUGGUGGUGAUAAAGGUGCUAUGUAGAACCUUGCGUUUAGUGAAAGGAGAAAUAGUUAUUUUCAGAUGGUUCUCCUAUGGGGACAAUCGAAGAACCCUUUUUUAAGAGUGUACUGCAUGUGCGUUCAAAACAAUCUGACCAAAAGUAGAGCUAUCAAAAGCAAAGAUUGUGGUCAAGCUUACGAGACUUUCUAAGCUAUGAUAACUUAAGUUAUGUUACUAACUUAAGUUAUUAUCAUAACUUAAGUUAUUGUGUGUUUUAAGUUAUAAUAUUGUGAUGAUCAGUUCUGUUAAUAUAUAAGCCCAAUACUAUUGGUUAGCACAGUAGUAUUGUAACGAACUUGACCUAAAGUGUCAGAUAUUUGUCAGGUAUUAUGCAUUUGAAAAAGUUGGGGGUCUCAUGUCUUACUUUUUAUAAUUUUUCUUUUUUUUUUUAUUGUAUUUUUUGUGUGUGUAGACGUUUAAAAAAAAUCUUUAACAAAAAAACAACAUAUUAAACAUAUUUUAAAAAAACACAUAAAA